GGAAUGGAGCACGGGAAUCACACAGUGGUGACGGAGUUUGUUCUCCAAGGAUUAGCAAAGAACUGGGAGUUACAGCUGUUCCUGUCUGCCCUCCUCCUACUCUUCUAUGUCAUCAUUCUACCUGGGAAUAUCCUUAUCAUUGUGACAAUUCGGAAUGACCCCCGCCUAGGAUCCCCCAUGUUUUUCUUCUUGUCCAGCCUGGCCUUCAUGGACAUCUGCUAUAGCACCGUCACCCCUCCCAAGAUGAUGAGUAAUCUCUUCACUCGCCAGAAGACCAUCUCCUAUCAAUGUUGCUUGGCUCAGAUUUUUUUUAUCCACUUCCUAGGCGGAGCUGAGAUCUGCCUGCUUAUUGCCAUGGCUUUUGACCGGUAUGUGGCCAUUUGCCACCCACUGCACUAUGCCACGAUGGUGACCAGGGUCGUUUGCUGGGCGCUGGUGAUAGGCUCGUGGGCUGGAGGCUUCAUGCACUCUAUGAUCCAGAUGAUUCUCAUCAUCCCACUCCCUUUCUGUGGCCCGAACAAACUGGACAACUUCUUCUGUGACGUUACCCAGAUCAUCAGGUUGGCCUGCACUGACACCUACUCCUUGGAGUUGGCCAUGUUUAUCAAUAGUGGCCUGGUCACCACCUCAUGCUUUAUCAUCCUCCUCACCUUCUAUGGGGCCUUGCUGGUCAAGGUGAGGACAGGCUCAGCCCAUGGGAAGAAGGCUGCCUCCACUUGUAUCACCCACAUCAUCAUUGUCUUCGUGAUAUUUGGCCCAGCCAUCUAUGUCUAUUGCCGCCCUUUCCAGGACUUCCCAUUUGACAAGGUGGUGGCCUUUUUCCACACGGUGGUCUUUCCUCUGAUGAACCCCAUGAUCUACACCUUGAGGAACAAGGAGGUCAAGGCUGCUAUGAUCAGAUGGUUAAAGAAAAAUAAAGGGGCUAGAUACAAGACUGAAGAACUUCACGGGGAGAGGGCAGGCCUGCCGUAA